CUAACAUCCCCGGUUUCCCCUAACGGAUAUAAAUGUAAACAAAAAAAAUAGGCCACAUUUCUCAUUCAGCCUACAUAUUUUCAAAUAACUGCUAAAACACACAAGUUCAUGUAGUAAAAUUGUACAAAAUCAUGUCUAAUUUUAAACUGCAUUCACAGACCCGUUGUCUCAUGAACUGCCAAUUUUUCAACAACUAGUAUGCUCAGUCAGCGCUGAAAUUCUCCCGUGAGUGCAAAAAAUAGAGGCUAAUAAUUAACAUACGUUACUAAUUGUGUCGAUAAAUACAAUACCUAAAAGAGUCUUGAUGAAUUCAAAAAAAUUAAUAAUAAAAAAAUUGCAUUAAAACCUUUUGUGGUGUCUUCAACAUGUUCUGUGCUACCUGUGGUUGCCCAUGCACUGAAAAAGUGAUCGAAAACCUGCAAGUGGUUUCAAAGAUUUGCUCCCAAACUUAUACGUAUGAGGUCACUCCUUCAGAGUGUAGCUCGAUGCCCUGCGAAGAAUCGUGGAAAGCCAAGGCAGAAGAGUAUGAAUUAGAACACAGGAAAUCAAAAGAGAGUUCUCCAGAAGAGUUAACCCGUACAGAAGUGAGACAAAGUGCAACAAAACGCGUUAAAAAAUACUUCAAAAGAUGUAAAUAUGCCUUAUCCAAAUCCAACAGUGGUGAGGCAUCCAGCUCGAUUGAUUCAUAUUCGUCACUGUCGAAUAUCGAUAAAAAAGCCGAAGAGUCGCUUCAAGACGUUACAGUUACGGAUUUGACUGAAAUUUUCGAAGACGUUUGCGUAGAUACGUCGAUAACUAACGAUUUUAGUGAUAAAUUAGUCGUUGCUAACGUGAUCGAUGUUAAAGUGACGACGGGUGUUGUGCCAGAAAACUCGGAUUACGUGAACGUUCGAACUGAUCGUGAGCCGGAAAACUUAGAGCGCGUUGUUUCGGAAAAUCUUGAGCCAAUUAGUGAGCGUAUUCAGGAACUUUUUUCCGAAAGUGUGGAAACUUUCGAGCCUGAACAGAGUGAAGUUGGAUCCUCCGAAUCUUUUCCCCACUUGACGGAAGAGCAAGAGAGGGUUAAGGAUAAAGAAGAGGUCAUAGAUACAGGCAAAAGUAAUCCCGACAACGGAAUUGAGCUUAGUGGUGGAGUACUGAUGCGUAAAACCAGAGGUUCGGGCUCCAUUCCCGGCAAAGGCGGGAAAACAACAACACUUUUUCCUCAUCAAUUUGAGGUUAUUUGUAGUGUCUAA